AAAAAAAAAUACCAAACUAAAAAUACAUACAUAUUCUUUGUACGAAAAAAAAAUAUAUACACAUCACACUGUCAUGUUUUUACAGUAGCACACAAGUGAGCACUAAAAUUAAACAACACUGUGUAGAAACAAAUUUAAAGAGACGAAAAAAAAAAAAAAGAGUCAAAUCGAAAUAUAUAAAUACUAAUCAUACGAUUUCGAUAUAGAAAUGAUAGAAAUAGUAGGAAUCAGUAGAAAUGAGUAAUGUGAUAUAGCAGCAACGAUCUGGAUCGAUUGAACUUUGAACAAAUAUUUUUUUUAAUAGUCAAUUUAGAGUGUAUGAGGACGCGCGAAAUAUUGUUGAAAAAAAAUAAACGAUAAGACAUGAUUGUAAAAAAAAAAAUGAUAAUCAUAUCUCAAAUAUUUUAACAAGUAUUUUAUUAAUUAUUUAUGUUGUUAUAAUUUUUUUUUUUAAAUUUGUAUCGUGUGCUAGUUGGUGAUUAAACCGGCACAGUUUUUUUUUUUGAAAAUAAAAAAACAUUUGUCUGACAUACAAUUAUACAAACUGAUGAGUUUGUAAAAAUAACAAGUUCUGUUUGAAAAAGUGUACUGACAACUAAUACAAAGGUAUGAAUCUACAGUGGAUUUGGGUAAGUUUAAAUCUCCUCGUCAUUGUGAAUACAUUGUCAGAAUCAGAAUUCGAUACACAUAUUGAAUUUACUGAUAUUGGAUAUGAAGAUGCAUGCAACAAGGCAUCACAAUCACACUGGAAUUUUAUCAAUAAACCCACCAAUGAAACUCUACAAUUAUGGGAGGAUGCACUUAAUGAAUAUGCCGAGUACAAACGUGAACAGGAAAUUGAUAUUGCAAAUGUAACUGAAAUAAUGGAUCUAAAUGAAAUGAAAAAAUAUAAAAGUAAUCUUGUGAGUAAGCCAGGUGAUGCUCUACUUAAAAAAGACGAAUGGAAAAAAUUUAUAUCAUUUAUUGCUGACAUUGAAUAUGUAAAAAUAUCAAAAAAUUAUACAACAAUUUUACAAGAAUUAUCUAGUAGUAAAACAUCUGAUGAAAAAUACAAAAUAUGGUCUGAAUGGUACGACGAUUUUAAACCAUUAACAUCAAAAUUUAUUGAUAAUUUAAAAUAUUUAAAAAAUGCUGCAAUUGCUAAUGGUGAAAAUAAUGUACAAGAAUAUUGGGAAUUACUUAGUGAACAUAAACAUGGCUAUGAUGAAGCAAAUGAAAAAUGGUCAGAGGUAUUACCUCACUACACAAGACUAGUUGAAUUUGUAAAAAAAAGAUUGUCUUUAAAAUACAACAAUGAUGUGAUCAAUAACAAUAUACCAGCUCAUUUACUUGGCUCACUUGAUGGUCACAGCUGGACACCAAUUAUAUCAGAUGUCAUACCAUAUCCAAAUACAAUAUUUAAUAUUAAAAAAAAUCUUAUAAAUAAAAAACUACGUGGUAAAGAUUUAUACAAAUCAGCAGCACAAUUGGGAAAAAAAAUAUUAAAACAUAAUCCAAAUGGUGAAUUUUUUCAUAAUAGUUUAUUUAAUAAUUCAUGUAAUACAAAGUUAAUUAAUUAUUGUCGUAAAGGAGAAAUGACAAUAUCAACAUGUUCAGAAUCAUCAAUUGAUUAUUUUAUAUCUGCUCAUAAAAAUAUUGGUAAAAUUUUGGUUAAUCAAAUGUCAGAAGAAAGUAGUCCAAUUUUAAAUAAUGCAAAUAGAUAUUCAGCUUUGGAGGAAGGAAUUACUGAGUUAUUUGGAAUAUUAUCAACAAGUCAUGCUUGGUUACAUUCACGGGAACUUGUUAAUAAAACAAAUGAUGAUGCUGAUGAAAUUAAAAUGAUUCCAUUGAUGAUAAGUGCUCUUGAUGUGUUACCAAGAAUGUCAUACUAUUUAACAGCUGAUAAAUGGAGAAUUGAUUUAAUUAAAAAUAAUACAUUUGACAAUGAUAAAAUUGUAUCAACAUGGUGGCAAUAUAGAUCUGAGAUUGGUAAUGUUAGUAGUCGUUUUAAAGAUAUUCCUACAUUUUUAAAUGACGAUUAUAUUAUCAGCAACAAACCCUAUCUCUCGAAAUUCAUGGGGAUAUUAUUGGGCUUUCAAAUCUAUGAAUAUCUGAUGGAUUCAACUGAGAUUAGACUCGAAAAAAUUGAACCAACAAAGACAAAACCAGAGCUGAUAAAUUUAAUAAGAAAUGGUCUUGAUGGUAAUUGGAAUUUGAUGAUUGAAAAAUAUUUAAAUUUCAAUGAAAUAUCAGUUGAUUCAUUGAUUAAUUAUUUUUCACCACUGGAGGAUUAUUUUGAACAAAUUGAGAGUGAUAAUAAAACAUUGCCAUUGUUUCCAAUUGAUUAUGAAAUGCAGCUGGAAAAAUUGGAAAAUCAGUAUAAGCAUGAUUUAACAACUACGACAACAACAACCACCACAACAACUACAACAACCACAACAACAACAGUUAAACCAAAAAUUAUUAUAAAAGAUGAUUCGAAAAUGAUGAAUGAUCAACAAAAUUUAGAUAAAAAAAUUAAUAAUUCAAUGAAUGAUAGUAAAAAGAUCAAUCCAACAUUUGAACAAAUGAAAAUUGAUAAUGAAUUAUCACCAAAAGAAAAGAAAAAAAGAGAAGAAGAUGAAAUUGCUAAAGGAAAUACUAAAAAAGCUAUUUGGGCUAUUGGGGCUGUACUUAUUUCAUUGGUAACAAUAAUUACUAUUGCAAUAUUUGGUAAAAGAAGAUGUCGUAAAAUACCAAAGAAUAGAAGAUACGUUUAAAAAUUUAUUUUUAAUAUUUUAAUUUAUAAUUAAACAUUCCAAUUAAAAAAAAAAUACUUGCCAAAGGAUAACUACACAAGUUGCCUCUUAAAAUUGCAAGUUUUCUUUUUUUUUUAUUAUAAUAUAAUUAAAGUUAAUAUUUUCUCGAAAUAGAUGAUAAAUUUUAUAAUUUAUAAAAAAUUCAUUUUUUUAAUAUUAAUUUUUGAAAUGUAUAAAUUUAAUUUAAUUACAACAGUAUUUCAUACGUCUUUAAAUAGUAAAUUAAUUUUUUUCUUUUUUUUUUUUUUGAUAAUUAUAAACACGCACCAUAAAAAGUAAUUUAAAAAAAAAAAAAAAAAAGCCAAUGGGAAUAAAAAAAAAAACAAGGUAAAAACGUACUGAAAUAAAAUAAAAAUUUGUACAUUUUUUUUUGGGAAUAUUAAUUGCAUAAAGUAAUUAAUUGGUUAAAAAAAAAAAAAUAGUAUAAAUAGAAAAAAAAAUCGAUUGAUAUUUUUUAUAAAAUUUGAAAAUAAUUUACUUUGUGUAAAUGAUUAAGAAAAAUUUUUGUAAAAACAUUUUCAUAUGACAAAAUAAAAUGUUUAUUUAUUGAUAAA